ACAGCGCCACCUAUAGUAAAUAUUUGUGACCUACUUUUAUUCAGCAGUGUUUUGAGUAACAUUUUACAGUAAUGAACCGACUAAAGGGGUCCCAAAGCAGGCUUAAGCAGCCAUAUGACAAGGAAAGCCUUAAGAGAGCCUAUGCAGCUUGUGUUUCAAAUGGCAUGUCUGUUUAUCGGGCAUCUAGAGUGUACCAUGUCCCGGAGUCUACUUUGAGAGACAGGACUAGACAUAAUGUCACCCUUGAGGCACGUCCUGGACCAGAGACUCUAUUGUCUUCUCUGGAGGAGGACAAGUUAGCACAGCAUAUAAAGUAUAUGGCCAGUAUCAGAUAUGGCUACACCAUGACCAACAUAAGAUUUAUGGCUGCUGACUAUGCCAGGUCAAUGGGGAAGAAAGUUGUUGCAAAGGAUGGUUUAAGUACUGUGUGGUACUAUAGUUUCAUGAAAAGAAACCCAGACUUGAAAGCUGUCAAGCCUCAAAAGCUUGAUUUGGCCAGAGCUAAAGGUGCCUCUGAAGAAAAAAUAAACAACUAUUUCAAAAAACUGAAGAAUAUUCUAGAUGACAAUGACUUAAUCAAUUCACCUGAAAGAAUCUAUAAUAUAGAUGAAACAGGAGUAAGCACCCAGCACUCACCACCUAAAAUAGUUUGUGGGAAAAAUGAUAAACCUCAGGCAAUUACCUCCCCAAGAUCUUCCAAUGUUACAAUAAUAGGAGGAGCAAAUGCCCUUGGAAAUCAUGUGCCUCCUUUUUAUAUAUUCCCUGGGAAAAGGUUUAAUUCUCAGUUCAUGGAAGGUGCUCAACCUGGUGCAGAUGGUACAAUGUCGGAUAGUGGUUGGGUGAAUGGUGAAAUUUUUGAAGAUUAUGUCACGAGACAUCUUGCGAAGCACCCUUACUUGAAAGCUUUCUCUCCAUCAAACAUCACAUCAGCUUUCAAAAAAUCAGGAAUAUAUCCAUUUGAUGAGUCUCAAAUUUCCAAGAGUGACACUGCACCUUCAUCAUUCUAUUCCAGUGAAAAUCAUGAUCAGUGCCAUGGACUGGAUACACAAGUUGAAUCAACCGAAAAGGCACCACAGCAACCAGAAGAGCCCUCUGGCUCGCAAGAAACCAUUUUGAAGUCUAAGGGUGCCAAAUCUGAGAAAACUGUUCAAAAUAGACAAAAAAAUCCCAUACAAACACCGUCUAAGAAGCAGAGGAAGAGUAAGGAACAUGAAGAACCAGUUCCUAGCACAUCUGGAACAUCUAAGACAGGGGUACCUAUAUCUUUGGACUCUCCAUCACAUAUGUCAGACAGUGAUACUGAUAUUGAGAUAGAGGAGAGAGACAAAUGUUGUGUCUGCAAGCUCUACACACCCACUCAACUCAAGCAUUGUGUUAGUAUUGUCUUCACAAAGUGGGCUCAGUGUAAUUUUUGCUCUCAUUGGGUACAUCUUAGAUUUUGUACACCAAUUACAGUAGUAAGAAGGGCUACUGUGUUCAGAUGCCCACAUUGUGUAACUGAGAAUAACUCUUGUGACAGGAAAUAUUACAAAUCAACUUACCUUGUGCUCAGACAAAUUUGA